AUGGGCUCCGUCCCGUCUCCCCCGCCGCACCCGCUGGCGCAGCUCUCCAAGGAGGAGUUCAGCAAGGCGCGCGAAGUCAUCGUCAAGUCCCAUGACGCGAGCGAGUCGCUCUUCUUCCGGUCCAUCUACCUGCAGGAGCCCAGGAAGGAAGAUUUGGUUCCUUUCCUUGAGAUUGAGCACGCGGGCACCCUCACCGAUGCGACGGAGCGGCCGCCGAGGUGUGCGUUCGUCGACUAUGACAUUGUGAAGCCAGAUAAGCACCAGAAUGUACGGAGCGUCGUUCACCUGGGCACAGGGGAGAUUAUGUCCAGCGAGGCCGAGUUCGCCAAGUGCGAGGACAUCAUCCUCAACUCAGACUUGUUCAAGGAGGCCAUGACAGAGUUCUCCCUCCCCGAGGGCUUCGUCAUAACCGUCGACCCGUGGCCGUGCGGCGGCGCGGACGGUGCCGGCGAGCCGCGCUACAUGCAGGGCCUCGUCUUUGCCAAGGACGCAUCCAAGAAGAAUGACGAUACGAACCACUACGGAUUCCCGAUCCCCAUCAUUCCAAUCAUAGACUGGGUCACGCUCAAGGUCAUCCGAGUUGACCGGCUCGCUACGGGCGGCGCCGGGGACGGCAUCGAGCCCGCACCACGCGGCGACGCGCCCAAGAAGCUAUUCAGAAACAUUCGCUCGGCCGAGUACGUCCCGGAGCUCCUGGAUCGACCACUGCGAUCGGACCUCAAACCUUUGAACGUCGUACAGCCAGAGGGGGCUUCAUUCACUGUGCGGUCGGACGGUCUCGUCGAGUGGCAGAACUGGCGGUUCCGGCUCGGCUUUACACCUCGUGAGGGUGCCGUGCUGCACGAUGUUUGCUACUUGAAUCGCCCGGUGAUGUACAGGCUCAGCUACAGCGAGCUCACGGUACCGUACGGUGAUCCGCGGCCCCCAUUCCAUCGCAAACAAGCCUUUGACUUUGGAGACGGUGGAUGUGGGCGGGCGGCCAACGUCCUCGAACUGGGCUGCGACUGCCUGGGCGCGAUCCACUACCAGAGCAGCUACAUUGCAUCCCCCGACGGGUCGCCCACGGAGGCCAAGUCCGUCAUUUGCCUGCACGAGCAGGACAACGGCAUCCUGUUCAAGCACACAAACUUCCGAACCGGGCGCGCCGUGGUGACGCGCUCCCGGGAGCUCGUGGUGCAAUUCAUCGCGACGCUCGCCAACUACGAAUACGUCUUUGCGUUCAAGCUCGACCUCGCGGGCGGCAUCACCCUCGAGACGAGGGCGACGGGCAUCGUCAGCGUGGUCGCCAUUGACGAGGGAAAGCAGAGCAACUACGGCAACGUCGUGUCGCCGGGCGUGCUCGCGCAGAACCACCAGCACAUCUUUGCCGCGCGCAUCGACCCGGCCAUCGACUCGUACAGGGAUGGCGACACGCAGGUCGUCGUGGAGGAGAGCCACGGCGCCAAGAUUGACGCAAAGACGAAUCCCUUUGGAAACCUGUACGAGGUCCGCAGGUCGACUGUAGCGGCGCCGAAGUGGAUCGACGCCGAACCCAGGGUCAACCGGGUGUUCAGGCUCGAGAAUCCGCACAAGCAGAAUGAGGUUUCUGGGAAGAACGUCGGGUACAAGCUGCUGGCGCCGGCGACGCAGAUGAUGAUGGCCGACGAGGACAGCAUCUUGGCCAAACGAGCCCCUUUCGCCAGGCAUAACAUGUGGGUGACGGGCUACCGAGACGGGGAGCUGUGGGCUGCGGGAGAGUUUACGAACCAGAGCCGUCGCGAGAAGGGCGGUGUCGGGGACAUGCUUGCGCGCGGAGACUGGUUUACUGACGAUGGAAGUCCGAGUAAUGGCGAUGCCAACGGAGGCCCCCAGGACCCGGCAUCGGGCAAGAAGAGCGGCCCAGUGCUAUGGCCGGUGUAUGGGUUCACCCACAACCCAAGAGUCGAGGACUGGCCUGUCAUGCCCGUCGAGGCUUAUCAGAUCCACCUGCGUCCAGCUGAUUUCUUCACAAGCAAUCCCGCCCUGGAUGUGCCGUCUACCCGCAACCAGUCGAGCGUAUUGGUACAGUGCUGUGGCAGCGGCGACGAAGCAGGCAAGCCGGUUCGGGAUAUCCUGAGCGAUUCUCAAAAGCCAAGCACAGGUGGCGAGGUGCCAAGCCACGGUGAGGCGUCGUCUAUGGACAAGGUGGAACGAAGGCUCAGCAAGGCGCUAACGGGGCUAUUCAAAUCCAAAGCCAAGGAUUCCGAGGCAGGCAAAUAG